AAUCAGCACGUGAGUAACUGAUCUCCCUUCUCCGCGGCCUCUGAAAUGAACAUCACACAAGGGAGAGGGAGUACUAGCGACAGCGACAUUAAGGGGUCGUUUUGUGAAAGGACGGGGAUGUAAAGUCUCACUGCGAGCUCACGAACAGCCAGCAUCAACAUGAACGCCUUCCUUCAAGUCUUGCUGGUGCUUCAGAGUUUGACGUUCAGCGCAAUUAGAGCAUCCAUCCAGUGUGAAUGUACGACGGCGGACUGCAGCCGUGAGCAGAAGACCACAUGUUUGGCAGAACACAGUUGUUAUGUCCAACAUCUUCCAGUCGAUAAAGAUGACGGCCCCACGCCACCUAUACUCCGAGGCUGCAUUAAUGAUCCAACGCCAUUACUGUGUGAGAACCGGCGCCCUCUAGGAUAUAAAGGUCCCUGGCCAGUGCUACAUUGCUGUUUUACUAAUGGAUGUAAUAAAGAAGUUUUACCCCCUGAAGCCCCAAGGGAUGAUAACAAUACAAGUGCCCAGGUAACAGUGGCCUCUGACAUCUAUACCUCAGACCUCAACACUCACCACAUUGAGAACGCCCACUCUGUUAGAUUUCACAACAUCAACCCUGUCUACAUCGCUGUUCCAACAGUGGGUGUGUGCUCUCUCCUAGCUAUCAUCAUCUUCACCAUUUACAUGCUCAAACGGCAUCAGGCGCAUUAUUAUAAAGCCUGCGACAAAGCGGGAAAUUUACAGACAGUCAGUUCCAGGACAAGUAGCGAGGAUAGUUCAGUGCGUGAUAUGGAGGAUGUGUCCGUGGAACAGUCCAUACAGAGUGACUGUAGGCUGUUGGUGUGACCAGGUUCAGGAAUUUCCAAAUUUGACACUCUCACAAAAAGACGAAGGGAGUAGGGGGCAUAUUAUUUUGCAGGCAUGCCAUUUUAAACUAAGACUGGGUUCCCAUACCUAGAGCAAUAUAACUGGAUAGACCCAUCUCCAAGGGGUUUCUCGCCAAAUUGCUUUUAGCGUAAACGGCUACUUUGUCUGGCAUGGCUACUAAAGCCCCUAAAUGAUAUUUAAUUGCCCUCUAAGAGCUUCAGUGGGUGUGCGGGACAUCUAAGCUGCUGAAGUUGAUAGCAAUUUAGUGCAAACCCCCUUGUAGAUAGAUCGAUCAAAAGUUAGUUCCAUAAUCUAUGGGAAUGGUCUCUUAAUUCCCUUACUUGUCUGCCUGGAGCAGUGCAUUGUGGGAGAUUAUUAUCCACCAUAUUAUCCACCAUAUUGAAAAAUCAAAAAACAGAAGGCAAAAACCUCUUUCUGUCACUUUAGACACAUAAGUUAUCAUAAGGAAAAUUGAGAGAUAAAAGAAAUGGCUAAAUCAUUUGACUGGAAAACAUCAUGUGAUAUUAUACUUGAUUGUUGGAAAACAAAAAAAAGUCCUAAAUCUUAAAUCCCAAUCUCGGAGGAUAAAUUUACUUCAGAUGUGUGUUAUGUUAAAAGUAACUAUUUCAUGGAAUCCCCCUAUAUAAGAGUAUUCAAAAAUGAUCAGUUAAACUGAACUCUUUGGGGAAAAAGAACAUGAAGAAAUCUUUGAUUGAAUGUGUUAGUUGUGACUGAAUGGGGAAGAUUGUGUCAUAUAGGGUUGAAGAAAUCCACAGUUGAUUUGCAAGUUUCAGAACAAAAAAAAGUCUCAAGUUUAUCUCUCUUAAACUUUGUAAGUUUUUGUCUAUAUGUUUGGUAAGAUAUUGGUGCAUUGUAAAUAGUGAACCAUUGUAAUUGUAACAAUGUAUCGAUCACUUGUAAAUAAUCAAAUGGUGCUACCCAGAGUCCCAGUUGGCAAUGGACUGAUAUUGGUAACUGAUGACACAUGUUACUGUUACUUUAUAACUAUAUCUGGUGCUGUAUAGGAUGUUAACUAGUUGUUGUUAUAGUAAUCCUGGUGCUUAGUGUAGGUUACUCCCUGCAACAUGUCAUGGGCAGAUGUACGUUUGUGGGAAGAGUUCAGUCUAAAGUUGGGAGGAAAGGACAGGAUGGUUAUUAUUAUUGUCUUCAAUUUUUUAUUUAAUUUUUUUAAUUAUUAUUUAUUUUUAUCUAUUUGCUUAUUUAUUUGUUUGUUUGUUUAUUGGAGGUCCAAGAUCAUUUUGAUUUCUAGUAUGGUUUCUUUUACCAUCCAGGAAGGGAGAAGGCAUCUGAAGGCAUGACGAUUUCUUUUAUUUGCAAUCCAUUUAAUACUAGUAAUUAAGAUCAUCUUGUGUGAUUGAAAUAAACCUUAGUUUUCUUCAUAAGUACACCUCUAACCUAACGAACACCUAAUCAGCUAUACCGUUCUUACGCCAAAGUGCCACUGAAAUCCAAUUCCUCAACGUAUAGUUACUUAUUUGCCAAGUGAAGUUAGUUGUGUUCUGUCGUGUAAAAAUAAAUACAAUGCAUUUAAACUAGAUUAAUACUAUGAAAAAGUACAUCAGUUGACAUUAUUAUCUUUUUACGAAUGUUUUAGUGAUUUUAACCACCCACUUUAGAAACAAAUGAUUAGUGAAACGGCUACAUUUUUAUCUUGUCACAAGGGCGUCAUCAGGCAUACCGAGUCUGCUUUUGUGUAUUCUUUUAAAAUAUUAUAAUGUACAUAAAGUAUCAGUUAUAUUGCUCAAAUGUUGACAUGGAGAUUGUCAUUGUAAAAACGGUUUACUGUAUUAUGGUAUGUAAUGUAAUUGUGUAUCAAUUAAUGGUUUAUAAUAAAAUGUAAUUGUG